AGUGCAAAUAUAUCUCCCCAGUACCCACAUUUUUAUCAUUCCCUCUCAUUUGAGGGCACACGUAUAUUGUAUUGUCUCUCUCAGGAUGGCUUUGGGAAAGUAUGGAGCCAUGAUUUGCUAACAGAAGUCAUCGAAGAAGAAGUCACUAAACACGAUAUCCACACGAUCAUAACAUUUGAUAACCAUGGUGUUUCUGGUCAUUGCAAUCACCGAGAUGUGCAUCGUGGAGUAUUAAAAUUCUUGCAAACUAAUUCAGGAAGAAAUAUCAAAGCUUGGGAACUAGUAAGCCUUAAUAUCUUUCGCAAGUACUGUGGACCUGUCGACAUUUGGCUGUCAAUUUUAUCCGACAAAAAACAUCCAACUAAGGUAAUCAUCAUAAACGAGCAGCCUUGGAAAAGCUUCAAAGCAAUGGCACAACAUUUAAGCCAGUGGGUUUGGUUUCGGAAGCUUUUUGUUUCGUUUUCAAGCUACACAUACGCGAACACACUUAACAGAAUUAUCCCUUGAGGCAGAUUUUGAGGCAACCCAGCUAGCUAACAAGCUCUUUUUUUUGAGGCAAUGGUGAGAGAAUUAUGAACAAACACUGUAGCUUGUAUUGUUGGAUCACUGACAAAUUAUUUAUUUGGCAUAUUGCAUAUAUAUAUAUUUUGUUAUAAAAAUACUUUGCUAAUAA